CAAGGCUCUGCUCUGGAUAAGGGCAUCUGCCAAAUGCUUUAAAUGUAGUAUUAAUAACUAUUUGUAUUAGAGGAAUAGAAGGUUAUCAUUGUGUCACUGUGUGCAUGUAUAUAUAAUCACUGUUUGUACUUUGAUAUGUUCAUAUCAAACCCUGUUUUUCUCCCUCUCAGAGUAAUUGGUAAUGGACAGUACAGACGAAUUAGAUGAAGACGACCAGCUUCUUAAUUAUGCCAUCCAGCUGAGUAUUGAAGAGUCUUGGAGCAAUGAUUUUCCAGCAAGGCAUGAUGCAAAAGAGACAGAAAGUGUGGAAAAUCAAAAGAUUUUUGAUGCAAUCAAAAGGGGUGACCUGUAUACCCUGCAGGAGAUGUCGAGGUGCCCGGCUGCAUUUACUGAGGUGGAUGCUAAAGGCUGGUACCCACUUCACAGGGCAUCAGUACAGCAGUCAGUACAAGUGCUGGAAAGAGUGAUAUAUGCAUCUUACAGGCUGACCCUUGAGGAGGAAACAGCAGAUGGAGAGACCCCUUUGACUCUGGCUACUCAAGCAGGUUUGGUAGAGAUUGUUCGCACUUUGCUGGAGCAUGGAGCUUCUCCUCAUAGAACCAAUGGCAGGAAUGAAUCUCCUCUAUUACUGGCUGUAAGAACAGAUUCUUAUGAUAUAGCUUUAGCACUUAUAAAACGAGGUGCACAGGUGAACCAGGUCUGUCUGAAAAAGUGGACAGCUAUGCAUGAGGCUGCUAAAGUGGGCUGCGUUGAUACCCUAAAGCUUUUACUGCAGUACGGAGGCCAGGUCUCAGAGACAGACCAGCAUGGCGUGACCCCAAUGGGCAUCGCUGCAGAAUACGCCCAGGCCGAAGUUUUAGAUAUCCUUAUUCACAAAGGUGGUGAUGUAAAUGCUCAGGCACCGAAUGGAGACAGUGUUCUAUAUGAUGCUGCUGGUUCUGGUAAUCCUGACUGUAUCGACCUCCUCCUCCAAAAUGGGGCCAAUCCCAACAUCGCCAGCCUCUCCGCACAGCUACCUAUUCAUCGAGCUGCUUACGAAGGGCACUACCUUGCGUUGAGGAUGUUGAUCCCUAUCACUACAAGAAGAGCUCUGCGGCUUGCAGGCCAGAGUCCAGUUCACUCAGCAGCAGAUGGCGGCCAUGCACAGUGCCUUGAGCUUCUACUGGAGAAAGGCUUUGAUGUCAAUUCCCUUCUAGACCAGCAUAUAUCUGAAAAUUUUGGUGAUAUGAGGAAGAGCGCCCUGUACUUUUGCGUCUCCAAUGGAGAUGUGACUUGUACUCAGUUGUUGCUCAGAGCUGGUGCUAAAACUGACUUGGAUCCUCUGAGCUGUCUCCUGGUGGCAGUAAGAGCUGGCAGAUAUGAGAUAGUUAAGCUGCUUCUGGCCAAUGGAGCUAACGUGAACUACUACUUCACAGUGGUCAAUGACACUCUGUUCCCCACUGCUUUACAGUAUUGCCUCAGGGAUGAGAUGAUGAUGCGGAUGCUACUUAACAGUGGCUAUGAUGCAGACAAAUGCUUCGUCUGUCAUCAUGACUUAACGUGGACUGACCGGAGUCAUCACUCAGACCAUUCAAGUAAAAAGAUCUCUUUUUGUGACUUCGUCAGUGUCUCGUGGCUGGUGCAGUAUGCAGGAAGAGCUGUGCGUGUUCUUCUGGACUAUGUUGGCUAUGUCCCAAUCUGUUCAAAACUGAAAAUGGUUCUGGAGAAGCAGAAAGAAUGGCCAGAAAUUUGUGACAUAUUAGGAACCCCCUGGUCGCUAAAGCACUUGUGCAGGCUGUUGAUCAGGAGAAAGAUGACUCCAAGGACACUGGGAGACCCAGGCAUUAUCAACUCUGCUCCAUUCCCACCUUUACUUAAGAAAUACUUGAUGUAUAGGGAGUAUGACCUGUAUGGCAGCUUAUGUGCAGAUGAAUGAUCAUAUUCUCUCAAGGAACAAAAAAGAAACACAAACAGGAUCUAGUACAAAUACUGUGAAGAUGAUCUAAGGCAGGAAGCUUACCUUCCAAACAAACAAUACCUACGUGUUAAAAAAGAGAGAUAUAUCACUGUGAUAAAUGAUAGCUAAAAUGCUAAACUGUCAUUUAAUGGAAAUCAUUUUGCAGCCAGUGUAUUAGGUAUUUCUUUGGGUACUAUAUUAGGCCAAAAGACCAUAAAGGGAAAUAUAUCUUCACAAAUAGCCUUAAAUUAGCUUAAAUAAGCCACAUUCUGGUGCUAUGAUGAAUGACCACUUUGUUUCAUGUGCAUUUGUUUUGACGUGUACUGUAAAUAAUCUUUCAUAUACUAAUUUUGUCCCCUGUUUCUUUUGGGGUUUUUUUUGGUGUUGUUCCCAAGUGAACAGUAAGGAUGUUUAUUUUAAUACAGUUGUAUGAGUGGCAUUUGACAAUAAAGUCCUACUCAGUCCAGACUGCAGGAAAUCACCUAUAUUUUACAAACAAUUUUACUCAAAAUAUAAAAAAGUCUUCUGAACUAUCUAGAAGGAUGAAUGCAUAACGAAGCUUUGCCUGAGAACUUGUUCAUAAUCAGUAUUGACUCAGUUUGACCCAUUUGAAGCCCUCGGUCUGCCAUGAUAAUUAGAUUUUCUCCUAUUUUCCCCAGAACCAUGGUUAAUAUGACAGAUGUGCUUUCUGACAUAUGACACUAAGAACAGUGAUGGUGUGAGAAAAUAAACUUGAAUUCUCUUAUAGCUUGCAAGAUAUGAGUCAAUAUUCAUUAUUCACCAAUAUGGGAAAAACAUUUGGUCCAGAGACUGAGAAUAUGAUCUUUGUGAAAUUCAUGAGAUAACCAUAGUGAACUGAUUAAAUAAAUUACAUUCAUAUCACAGAAGCAGGUGUUUUGAGUUAAUUAGCUGAUUAGAGCUCUUCUCAGGUUGACAUUUCUGUAUUAUAAAUUCUUUAUUCUAAUAUUUUGAGAUACUGGAGUUUUGAUUUCCGUGAGCUG